AUGACGCAACCUGCACGACACGCCGCGAUGCUAUCGAUUAGCAAUAGCGGGCCAAAUACGAUGGCCGGGGAGAAGCAGCAAUCCACACAACACAUGCACACUCAAUCCCAGCCGAGCCAGGGGCUACGCGUGCCGUCGAAUCGCAAGACCAUCUAUGACAGACAUCUGAAUCGGAGCCGCAGCGCGGAACUGAGCCGGGCCAGCUUCGCCUUUCUAUUCGCAGAGAUGGUGACUUACGCCCAAAGACGAGUCACCGGGAUCCAAGAUCUAGAACGACGCUUGAACGAACAAGGCUACCCCCUGGGUCUCCGAUUGCUCGACCUCCUAUAUUACCGCACCAUGUCCAGUUCCACUUCCUCUUCUCUAUCCAGUUCCUCGACUUCCGCAUCGCCCCCGAAUAGACCUCUUCGCAUUCUCCCUCUCCUUCAUCUCAUCCACGGACCCCUAUGGCGACUCCUCUUCAACCGGCCGGCCGAUGCCCUGGAACACUCGGUGUCUCCCGAAACCCCCAAUGAAUAUAUGAUUACGGAUAAUGAUCCCCUCGUCAAUACAUACAUCAGUGUUCCCAAGGAGAUGAGCAUGCUCAAUUGCGCGGCAUUCGUGGCCGGCAUCAUCGAGGGUGUUUGCGACGGAUGCGGUUUCGAGGCCAAGGUUACGGCUCAUAAUCAGCCUACGGAAAUGUGGCCUGGUCGGACGAUUUUCUUAUUGCGCUUUGGAGAGAGCGUGAUGGAACGGGAGAAAGUGUUGGAAAGGGCCGGAGUCAAAUAA